GAGUCGGCAACUUGACACUCGACACUAAUCAGUAAUCACUAAGAAUAUACAAUACAAGCAUAAGCACAGUGACAAAAGCACUAGACUAGUGCUUAUAAAUACAGGGUUGUGAUUCUUAAAGAAGCACACAGCAACAAAGCAUAUUCUCAAACUAGUAUACUAUUAUUUUCCCAUUUGAAUAGAGCAAUCAUCAUGGGUGUUUUCACAUUCGAGGAUGAAACCACUUCCCCAGUGGCUCCUGCUAAGCUUUACAAAGCCUUUGUUACAGACGCCGAUAACCUCAUCCCAAAGGUUGUUAGUGCCAUCCAGGGUGUCGAAAUCGUUGAAGGAAACGGUGGCCCCGGAACCAUCAAGAAGCUCACUGUAGUUGAGGAUGGGGAGACUAAGCAUGUGUUGCACAAAAUUGAAUCAAGCGAUGAAGCGAACUUUGCAUACAGCUACAGCGUAGUUGGGGGUGUGGCGUUGCCAGAGACAGCAGAGAAGAUAACGUUUUCGUCAAAAUUUGUUGCUGGACCCAAUGGAGGGUCUAUUGCCAAGCUCACUGUGACGCACCACACCAAAGGAGAUGCCAAGCCUGAUGAAGAGGAACUCAAGAUUGGGAAAGCCAAGGGAAAUGCUUUUUUCAAGGCCGUUGAGGCUUACCUUUUGGCCAAUCCUGAUUACUGAUUAUCAUCAUCACAAACCACUUUGCUUAUAUAAUACAAGACUUUUGUUCUCCUGUGUGCUUCUUUUCCUCUGUGUGCUUGUGCUUGCUUAAGUUGCCUUGGCUUCCCUUGUAACAAGGAAUAUGUGUUUCUCUUUUAUCUCCUUUUGCCCCCACAAUUCUCAAACCUACUCAAUAUCUCUCUAUCUCACUUCUUCAAUAAAGGAUGCAUCAUAUAUGAUUUUCUA